UGGUCCCAGCGUGAACGAGAAGCCACCAAAUCGGGACAGCAAGAGUGAAUGACAGUGAGGAAAUCCAACGAAUGAUUUGAAGUAUUUUUAUCCAAGACUAAAAUUGAGAAAAAAUACACCAGAGCUGAGGACCCAUUCACAGUCCUUGACACUUCUCAUUUGUGUAGAGGUCUGUUACCUACUAAAUGUGGGGCAUCAUCAGUACUUGAUUGAGAGCCGUUUAUCAUGAAGCCCAGAUUAAGUGUUGUCUGCUUAUUCAAAAAGUCACACUUAUUACCUUGAACUUCUGUAAAGGAUUAUGAAAUGAGAUAAAGUGUACGACUGGAGGAGCACUGCCCCCCCCCCCACCUCCACCUCUUUGAAGCAUGGCAGGCCUACAGCUGGUUACCCCUGCCACUUCACCCAUGGGGCCUUUCUUUGGUCUGCCCUGGCAGCAGGAGGCUAUCCAUGAUAACAUCUAUACACCGAGGAAAUAUCAGGUAGAACUUCUUGAAGCAGCUAUUGAACAUAAUACUAUCGUCUGCUUGAAUACUGGCUCAGGGAAGACCUUUAUUGCAGUACUUCUAACAAAAGAGCUCUCCCACCAAAUCCGUGGACAUUACCAAGAAAAUGCGAAGAGGACUGUUUUUUUGGUGAACACAGCUCUGACUGUAGUUCAGCAGGCAGCUGCAGUCAGGACUCACUCUGACCUCACGGUGGGAGAGUACACAGACGUGGAGGAGACCUCAGCAUGGACUGACCAGCGAUGGAGUCAAGAGUUAAUCCAGAAUCAGGUGCUGGUCAUGACCUGCCACAUAUUCCUUCACGUUCUAAAGAAUAAAAUCUUGCCGUUGUCUAAAAUCAACUUGGUGGUUUUUGAUGAUUGUCACCUGGCCAUCACAGAGCACCCUUACUGUGAGAUAAUGAAGCUGUUUGAGGGCUCCUCAUGCUGCCCUCGUAUCCUGGGUCUCACAGCCUCCAUUCUGAACGGGAAGUGUGACCCGUCAGAGCUGGAGCAGAAGAUCCUGAGUCUGGAGAGGGUCCUGAAGAGCAAUGCUGAGACCGCCACUGACCUUGUGGUUCUGGACAGAUAUUCCUCUCAGCCCAGAGAAGUGGUGCUGGACUGCGGCCCCUACCUGGAUAAGAGUGGUCUCUCUCAGUGUCUGCAGGAGGAGCUGGAGGAAGCGCUCCACUUCCUGAACGACUGCAACCUCUGUGUCACCAAAGAGGACCGGGACCCCACCUUCAUCUCCAAACAGGUCCUGGGUGACUUCCUGGCCGUGCUCAUGGUUUUAGGGCCCUGGUGUGCAGAUAAGGCCGCAGGCAUCAUGGUGCGCGAGAUCCAGAAGUACAUCAAACACGAGCAGGAGGAGCUCAGCCGCAAGUUCCUGCUCUUCACCGACACCAUCCUGCGCAAAGUGCACGCCCUGUGCGAGGAGCACUUCUCCCCCGCCUCCCUGGACCUCAAGUUCGUCACCCCCAAGGUCCUCCGGCUGCUGGAGAUCCUGCACGAGUACAAGCCCUUUGAGCGGCAGCAGUUCGAAAGCGUAGAGUGGUACAAUAACCGCAACCAGGACGACUACGUCUCAUGGAGCGACUCUGAGGAUGAAGAUGAGGACGAGGAGGUGGAAGUCAAAGAGAGGCCUGAAACCAACUUCCCCUCGCCGUUCACCAACAUCCUUUGUGGGAUCAUCUUCGUGGAGAGGCGCUACACGGCUGUCGUCCUCAACCGUCUGAUCAAAGAGGCGGGGAAGCAGGACCCGGAGCUGGCUUACAUCAGCAGCAACUUCAUCACCGGCCACAGCAUCGGCAAGAACCAGCCGCGCAACAAGCAGAUGGAGGUGGAGUUCAGGAAGCAAGAGGAGGUUCUUCGCAAGUUCCGCGCUCAUGAAACCAACCUGCUGAUCGCCACCAGCAUCGUGGAGGAGGGCGUGGACAUCCCAAAGUGUAACCUGGUGGUGCGCUUCGACCUGCCCACAGAGUACCGCUCCUACGUCCAGUCCAAAGGCAGAGCGCGAGCCCCCGUCUCCAACUACAUCAUGCUGGCUGACAGCGAGAGGACCAGAGGCUUCGAGGAAGAUCUCACCACCUACAAGUCCAUAGAGAAGAUCUUAAGGAACAAGUGCUCCAAGUCGGUGGAGGUAGGUGAGUAUGAGUUGGAGCAGGUUCUGGACGAUGACAACAUCAUCCCUCCCUACGUGCUCCGCUCUGAGGAUGGAAGCCCCCGGGUCACCGUCAACACGGCCAUCGGACACAUCAACAGGUAUUGUGCUCGGCUGCCCAGCGACCCUUUCACUCACUUAGCCCCGAAGUGUAAAACUGCAGAGAGGCCGGACGCACGCUUCCAGUCCACGCUCUACCUGCCCAUCAACUCCCCUCUGAGAGUUCCUCUUAAGGGUCCUAUCAUGUUCUGUGCCAGGCUGGCAGAGAAAGCAGUUGCACUUCUAUGUUGUGAGAAACUCCACAAAAUAGGUGAGCUGGAUGAUCACCUGAUGCCGGUGGGAAAGGAGACGGUGAAAUAUGAAGAGGAGCUGGACCUCCACGAUGAAGAGGAGACCAGCGUACCAGGCCGGCCCGGCUCCACCAAGAGGAGGCAGUGCUACCCUAAAGCCAUACCUGAGUGUCUGAGGGACAGUUACGCAGUGCCAGAGCAGACGUACUACCUAUAUGUGGUCGGGAUGGUGCUCACCACCCCCCUCCCUGAUGAACUCAACUUUCGCAGAAGGAGGCUGUACCCACCGGAGGACACCACCAGGUGCUUCGGCAUCCUGACUGCCAAACCCAUACCUCGAAUCCCCCAUUUCCCGGUGUACACCCGCUCGGGUGAGGUGACCAUCUCCAUCGAGCUGCAGAAGUCCGGCUUCACGCUGACCACCGCCCAGCUGGACCUCAUCACCCGCCUGCACCAGUACAUCUUCUCCCACAUCCUCCGCCUGGAGAAACCUGCACUGGAGUUCAAGCCCACGCUGGCUGACUCGGCCUACUGCGUUCUACCUCUGAAUGUUGUUGAUGACUCCAACACACUAGACAUGGACUUUUCCUUCAUGGAGGACAUUGAGAAGUCUGAGGCCCGCACCGGCAUUCCUACCACUCAGUACACCAAGCAGAACCCCUUCAGCUUCAAGCUGGAGGACUACCAGGAUGCUGUCAUCAUUCCACGGUAUCGUAACUUUGACCAACCGCAUCGCUUCUAUGUCGCCGACGUGUACACAGACCUGACGCCGCUCAGCAAGUUUCCCUCUCCAGAGUACGAGACGUUUGCUGAGUACUACAAAACCAAGUACAACCUGGACCUGUCCAACCUGAACCAGCCGCUCCUGGAUGUGGACCACACCUCCUCCAGACUGAACCUGUUAACCCCUCGGCACCUGAACCAGAAAGGCAAAGCUCUGCCGCUCAGCAGCGCAGAGAAGAGGAAGGCCAAGUGGGAGAGUCUGCAGAACAAACAGAUCCUGGUUCCAGAGCUGUGUGCCAUCCACCCCAUCCCCGCCUCUCUGUGGAGGAAAGCUGUGUGCCUGCCCAGCAUCCUGUACCGCCUCCACUGUCUGCUGACUGCAGAGGAGCUGCGGGCCCAGACCGCCAGUGAGGCUGGAGUGGGGGCUCAGACCCUCCCCCCCGACUUCAGGUAUCCGAACUUGGACUUUGGCUGGAAGCGAUCCAUCGACAGCAAGACGUUCAUCUCCUGCCCUGACUCCUGCAGUGAUGAUGAUGAUGAUGAUGAGAAUGAGGGUGAGGGUCCCUGUGAGCACCAAGAGACUGUAACCCCUGAACCCAACUCCCUAGCGCGUCCCAGCAGUCCCCACCCCCUCGUGGCCCCUGAGCCUGAAGAAGAGCCCUGCACCAGGACCCUAACCAACGGCACGGCCCUCAGCACCAACUGCGAUGACGACGGUCCCCAAGACGAGCACCUUCACCAACAGGACAACUGCCAACGCUCCCGGCCCCGCUCCCCUGGGCCGCAGAGCCCCCAAUCAAUACAAAGCACUACCUCACUUCCUGUGCAGCCCCCCCCUCCCAGCUCCAAGAAGCCCAGCUCCAGUCCUCCGCAGCCCAGUGACGAAUGUACGCCAGGGAGCACCUCAAAUCCAUCUACCUCAGUCUGCUGCCUGCCGGCUCCCGCAGUACCUUCUGAUCAGCACGGAGCCCCGGCAGGAGACCCCCUCAAAAGCCUGGGGCCCAACCCUGGUCUCAUCCUGCAGGCGCUGACCCUCUCCAACGCCAGCGACGGCUUCAACCUGGAGCGCCUCGAGAUGCUCGGAGAUUCUUUCCUCAAACACGCCAUCACCACGUACCUGUUCUGCACCUACCCCGACGCGCACGAGGGCCGCCUCAGCUACAUGCGCAGCAAGAAGGUGAGCAACUGUAACCUGUACCGCCUGGGGAAGAAGAAGGGCCUCCCCAGCAGGAUGGUGGUGUCCAUCUUCGACCCCCCCGUCAACUGGCUGCCCCCCGGAUACGUGGUGAACCAGGACAAGAGCUGCACAGACAUACUGGACUCAGAGGAGGUCAAAGAGGAGCUCCUGGCCAACGGGCAGUCUGGAACGGACUUUGACGAGGACGAUGAGGAGGCUGAGGAGUGUAAGGAGGUGGAGGAGGAGGAAGAGGAGGGGCUGAUGCUGAAGGAAGAGCCGAAGGACGAGGUGAACGUGGAGGACGAUCUGGAGUACUACAAGGAGCACAUCAAGUUCAUCGACAACAUGCUGUUGGGGUCCGGAGCGUUUGGCAAGAAGAUCUCUCUGAGCAGCUUCCCCCCCUCCCCCUCCCCCUCCCCCUCCCCCUCCCUCACCCCGGCCUCGGCUUCCGCCCCUGCUACGGAGACCCCACGCGAGUGGAAGCCCCCGAAGAAGCCCCACCAUCCCACCGCAGCCCACUACCCCCCUGAGCCGGCGCCCAGCGGGCCCUCAGCCGAGGAGUUUGACUACAGCUCGUGGGACGCCAUGUGCUACCUGGACCCCAGCAAGGCGGGGGAGGAGGACGACUUCGUGGUGGGCUUCUGGAACCCGUCAGAGGAGAACUGCGGGGCGGAGCUGGGCAAGCAGUCCAUCUCCUACGACCUGCACACGGAGCAGUGCAUCGCCGACAAGAGCAUCGCCGACUGUGUGGAGGCUCUGCUGGGCUGCUACCUCACCAGCUGUGGAGAGAGAGCCGCCCAGAUGUUCCUCUGCUCCCUGGGCCUCAAGGUGUUACCGAUGGACAGGGGGGCUCUGACGGGUGCCGUGGUGCUAAGCGGUCAGACCAACACUUUGGACCUGAACUACGGCUGGCUGAAGAUCCCCCCCCGCUCCGUGCUGGACCAUCAUCCUGACCCAGAAGGAACUCUCACCCACCUCAUCUCCGGCUUCGAGAACUUUGAAAGAAAGAUCAACUACACGUUUCAGAACAAGACCUACCUGCUGCAGGCCUUCACUCACGCUUCCUACCAUUACAACACCAUCACAGAUUGUUACCAGCGACUGGAGUUCCUCGGCGAUGCAAUUUUAGACUACCUCAUUACAAAGCACCUUUAUGAAGACCCCCGGCAGCACUCCCCGGGCGUGCUGACCGACCUGCGUUCAGCACUCGUCAACAACACCAUCUUUGCCUCUCUGGCCGUCAAGUACGACUACCACAAGUACUUCAAGGCCAUCUCGCCCGAGCUUUUCCACGUCAUCGACGACUUCGUGCAGUUCCAGCUGGAGAAGAACGAGAUGCAAGGCAUGGACUCUGAGCUGCGGCGCUCAGAAGAGGACGAGGAGAAGGAGGAGGACAUUGAGGUCCCGAAGGCCAUGGGGGACAUCUUUGAGUCGCUGGCCGGAGCCAUCUACAUGGACAGCAGGAUGUCUCUGGAGACCGUGUGGGAGGUGUAUUAUCCAAUGAUGAGGCCACUCAUAGAGAAAUUCUCUGCCAACGUGCCACGCUCUCCUGUGAGGGAGCUGCUGGAGAUGGAGCCAGAAACUGCCAAGUUCAGCCCUGCGGAGAGGACGUACGACGGGAAGGUGCGGGUGACCGUGGAGGUCGUGGGGAAGGGCAAGUUCAAAGGAGUGGGCCGCAGCUACCGCAUCGCCAAGUCUGCGGCGGCGAGACGAGCUCUGCGCAGCCUCAAAGCCAAUCAACCUCAGGUCCAGAAAAACUGAGCUCACCCUCCGAGCUCCCAGCAUUAGCACCUAAGCUACUGACGCUAACGGAGGAAAAUCAACACCGGCUUCCAACAGAGCGCCAUGCAAGCCCUGCAUCUUCAGCCGAGGCAGCCGGGGAACACUGUGGAGACGCAGAUGAAGAAGCAGACUGAUCUCAUUAACAUUUCAUCAGAUCUUUUUUUUUUCUUUUUUUUUUUUUUUUUUUUUUGCGCCUACACAAUCUUUGCUUUCCCUCUCUCAGUGCUUUAUUAACGUUUAGCAGUGUGUUUAAAAGAAGGUCAGGUUGCAUCGUCUGUUCCUCACAGUUUAGUGUUUGGUUAACCUCUAUGCCGAUGGUAUGGCGCUUAUGCUUAUUGUGUAGUAUUAGAUUGUACAUAGUUCAAUCAAAGGUGUAAAUCAAAGUAUGUAGGAAGAAGAAAAAACGCUAAACUCCUCAGCCUGUGCACUAGUGCCAGUCAGUUUGACAGCGGCGGACAUGGCUAACAGAAACCACUGGAGCAAAACGCUGGUGGCACUUCUGUCUGAAAUCUGUCUUGAAAUGGUAUUCUUAAUCAUUUUUGCACUUAUUCCAUUAGGGUCUGUUACUUCAAGAAUCGUGUGGUCACAUUGACACCAGAAUCAUAUACGUAGCAAAGUCUAUAAAUAUAUAUAAAAAUAAUAAGAUACAUGAUUGGUAUUCUUAGCCUUAGUUGCUAAGAUUCACCCUCAUAUCCUGCAAGACGGAUAGGAAUUCCAACAUUCCCAGUUACUGUAAUUUAAAGUAGUUUAUAAAGCGCACUUGAGGUUGCAUGUUCUUGUAGUUUAUGUAUAAACCAUGACAACUGGAUUGCUUCUAUAAAUGUUCUAGAUCUACGGAUGUACCUAGAGUGUGUGAGCGCAACACUCGAUGUAACGGCAUUACCUUGAUGAUUUGGUUUAACAUGUUUUGAUACCAAGAAUGGAAGGAAUUGAACAUUCUUGCGCACUUAACGUCUUUCCAAGGAUCAUCCAGUUUUGAUAUACGAAGAGAAAGACGUAUCACACGUUCAAUAUGCUGCAGACUUUUCUAUAUUGGAUACUCGUGUAGGCUCAAAAUCUUUUCAAAUACAGUCUUUGUGAAAAAGGCCAACUCAUUUCAACACACACGUGUUGCUCACAUCCCGUACCUACCAAAGCUCUAACAGAUGUGACACUAUGAGGUUAAAGGCGAUUCCUGCGGAGAAGACACCAGCCUUUUUCUUUUUUUGUGUUUUCUGUUCUGACACAUUUUGCUUCUCGCUAAAUGUCCUGUUCCCCCUCAUCAAUAAGCCCUUUUUCACUUGAAUACCUCAGUUAAUUGCAUGCAUUUUCUUGUCUUUAUAUAUUUUUCCUUUUUUUUUUGUUUGGUGCUAUGUUUUUGUAUUAAGCUUGAAUUUCUCAUCUUUUUUUGCACUGUAACUAUAAUACCUCUUUAUUUGACCUUUUCAUUAUUUUGGAAAUCUGUUUGAUUUGGUUGUCCCGUUGGCCACCCCCCCCCCCCCCCCCCC